AUGGUCGACUCCCGCGGUGCCUGCCCGUGUCAGUUGUCUGUUCUUCACAGGCGGUAUGGUUGGAUAAUGAACGCAGGCGACAUGGCGGGCGUAGAAGCAGCGCUGGGAGUGGAAUCACCCUACAGUGGUCGCUGGUAUGACCCACAAAGCUUGGACCAAUUCAAUUUCGAGCCGUUGACUACGCCGCCAAUGCCUCCAGCGACAGAGACUGGACACACAUACCGACACCAGAACCACUUCCUAGCGAUGGACCCUCACGCCCCAUUCUCAACACAAAGCUACUUAUCCGGAACGACCGACGACACCAAGGCGAAAAACCAGAUGGGAGAGAAGAUGCUCCUCGUCCUCGGCGAGUGGGCGUGGUCACACCACAUCACGACGACCGUCGUGGAGUACGAGGACUGGACGGCCAUGAUCGAGUGGGCAGAAGCCUGGUGUAUACGCCAUGGCCACACCGGCAAGUUCAAGGUCGCCUUCCGUCGGUCGCUGUUGGAGAAGACGAUGCGCGGCCCCGUAGAACACACGGCUUUUCGGGAGCUGAUGGACACGUUCGUGGUGGUCUGUCGUGGAAGGCGUAUCCGUAUGCUGGACGAUGAGUGGGACUGGCUCUGUGAGCGUUUGCAGGAGAUGUACGUGGCGACUGGAUGA